GAAAUAUUUCUCCUGGAAGGAGCGUAAAAAAAAAGCAGACAGGGCACUGUCAUCCUCGUUGUGUAUAUAUAUACCCUCGUCACGAGGUGCUCUUGAAUUUCUUUUCUGAUAAAAAAAUGGCUGCAACGAAUGAGAGAGUACUGACAAAGAUGGCCGAGGCUUUUAAUGAACUCGCCAACGAUGUGAAUUCUCGUAGUGCUCCGCGGCGACUUUCUCUGAGCAAGUUCUGUCGUGCUUGCCGACAACUUUCCCCUCUUAUCGGCUGCAUGGGAUUCGCCUUUAGGUUCGCUGAUACGGAAUUCACUGCUAAGGUUGAUGGGCUUACAAGGGUAUCGGAGUCCAUUAAUACAAUAGAAGCUUUAAUUGAUCUAGACAUUGCAUAUAAUGCUGGAAAGGGUUCGGGCAGCAAUUCGCGAAACCUUAUCAGGGCGAACCGCUCGGUCGACUUGGUUAGAAUAAUGUGCGAGCAGAUUUUGGCUCAGAGGGGAAACUCCAUAACCGGUCCGGUUUUAACAGCAUACGAGCAGGUGUUUGGUCCAUACCAUAGUUGGGUUUUGAAGAUAGCCGUCCGUGCUUCGUUGUUGACCGUUCCCACAAAGGCAGGGUUGUUGAAGAAUCUAAAGGAAAAUGAGGCCUCUGCAAAUGUUCAAAUGCAGAAGUUUGUUAUUGCAUCCUCUGCUGUCAUACGAUACAUUAACAACCUGUUUCACUCGACGGAGUAUGGUGAUGAGUUGCUCGGAAUGAUAUAAUUAAUUAGUUAUUCUCUGGUUAUAUGUAGCUUGUAAUUAAUAACAUGGCUUCAUCAAGAUCGAUCUUGUCAAUGCGCUCGGGCGCGGGUUUGUGUGUACGUGUACUUCGAAUCUAUAUACCUUGUAUUCACCUUCCAGAAUCUGGAAAUGAGGUUAUGAGGAAUAAAGCUUAGUGGAUAUAUGAUA